CUGCAACUCCUAACUACCGGCAACAAUGGCAUCACACGGUUUUUGGUCUCUUGGCGGGGAUAAUGCGGGGGCCAAUACCGGGAGUCAGAGCCCCAGUACGCCCAGGGCCUGGUGCCAAGCGGCGGCCCAGAAACUGUCCGGAGGGAUUGGAUCGAAAUUAUGUGCGCUGCUCAAUGUCGGGGAAGUGGAGAAGCCCGCCGAUCCGGCCGCCCAGCAGCAGCCGCUGCCGCCGCCGCCGCCGCAGACGGCCGCCGGCGACUGCGGCUGCAACAAAUCCUGCAGCUGCACCAAAGCCGCCGUGGUCUUCUCCGACCUCUACUCAACAGACCUGUUACCUGCCACGGACGGCGACGCCAAGACGCUGACCUUUCUGCAGGAGGUGGUGGACAUUUUGAUGGCCUACAUCGUGGAGUCCUUCGACCGGGAGACGAAGGUGAUCGACUUUCACUACCCCAACCAGCUGCUGCAGAUGAACAACUGGGAGCUGCAGGACGAGCCGGCGACCCUGGAUGACAUCCUGAUCAGCUGUCGCGCCACCCUGAAAUACGCCAUCAAGACAGCCCACCCCAGGUACUUCAAUCAGCUCUCCACGGGAUUGGACAUGGUUGGACUGGCAGCCGAUUGGCUAACGUCCACCGCCAACACCAAUAUGUUCACCUACGAGGUGGCUCCUGUCUUUGUGCUGCUGGAAUACGUCACCCUGAAGAAGAUGAGGGAGAUCAUUGGCUGGCUGGACGGGCGAGGAGAUGGCAUUUUCUCUCCUGGUGGUGCUAUUUCUAAUAUGUACGCCAUGCUGUUGGCCCGCUUCAAGAUGUUCCCUGAGGUGAAGGAGAAAGGAAUGUCAUCUGUUCCCAGACUGGUGGCCUUCACGUCCGAACAUAGCCAUUUUUCCAUCAAAAAAGGCGCAGCUGCUCUUGGCAUCGGGACUGAAAGUGUGAUCUGCAUCAAAGUAGAUGAAAGCGGCAAAAUGAUCCCGGCUGACCUUGAGAGGAGAAUACUGGAGGCGAAACAGAAGGGUUUUGUUCCUUUCUUUGUGAGUGCAACUGCUGGAACGACAGUGUACGGAGCCUUUGACCCGCUCAUCGCCAUUUCUGACAUCUGCAAAAAGUACAACGUCUGGAUGCAUGUGGACGGUGCGUGGGGAGGAAGUCUCCUCAUGUCCAGGAGACACAGGUGGAAGCUGGACGGAGUUGAGAGAGCCAAUUCAGUUACAUGGAACCCACACAAAAUGAUGUCAGUCCCCCUGCAGUGUUCUGCGCUGCUGGUCAGAGAGGAGGGCUUGAUGCAGAACUGCAACCAGAUGCACGCCUGCUACCUGUUCCAGCAGGACAAACACUACGACCUUUCCUAUGACACCGGAGACAAAGCGCUGCAGUGUGGACGCCAUGUGGACAUCUUCAAGCUGUGGCUCAUGUGGAGGGCCAAGGGCACCAUUGGGUUCGAGGCUCAGAUUGACAAGUGUCUGGAGCUGUCGGAGUACCUCUACAACAAGAUCAAAGACAGAGAAGGAUACGAGAUGGUCUUUGACGGGAAACCUCAGCACACCAACGUCUGCUUCUGGUACCUCCCCCCUGGGAUCCGCUACAUGGAAGACAAAGAGGAGCGAAAGAAACACUUGCACAAGGUGGCCCCAGUGAUUAAAGCGAGGAUGAUGGAGUACGGGACGACCAUGGUCAGCUACCAACCACAGGGGGACAAGGUCAACUUUUUCCGCAUGGUCAUCUCAAAUCCCGCUGCUACCUUCGAGGACAUCGACUUUCUUAUUGAGGAGAUUGAACGCCUCGGCCAAGAUCUAUAAGACUCAUCUCACCAAUUCCUCCUGUACGUUUCCCCUUGACGGAUGAAUUGUUUUGUCGUGAAUGUACUGGUAAACUUUUUCUUUUCUCUCUCUUUCCUCCA